AACAGUUUUUGUUUAAUUGCUGGAGUUUGUUUACCCUACCGCGGCACCGCUAUAUACACUGUACGCGGCCGCAACUUCCAGAGUCAUCAUCCCCACCUCUCCUCCCAAAGCAUUCUUUUUUAAAUCACCCCCUCCCUCAGCUUUAUUAUUCUACACGGAAAAACUUCAAUUCAUUUCUCUCUCUCUCUCUGCUCCUCAUCAUCUUCUUUCUUCUCCUCCUUCAUAGCGGCGGAGUCUUUUUCUUUUAUGGCUUCGCAGUUAAAGAUGACGGCGGCCGUUGCUCUGGCGCUGCUGCUGCUGCAUCUGUUUGCGGCUGCGAAAGCAGAGAAUCCAUACCGAUUCUUUACUUGGAAUGUUACCUAUGGCACUAUCUACCCUCUCGGCGUUCCCCAGCAGGGAUUUUUGAUUAAUGAGCAGUUCCCAGGCCCAGAGAUUCACUGCGUCACCAAUGACAAUCUUUACAUCAAUGUCUUCAACAACUUGAAUGAGUCCUUCCUCAUUUCUUGGAAUGGGAUUCAGAAUAGGAGGAAUUCAUACGAAGAUGGAGUUUAUGGAACAACAUGCCCAAUUCCUCCCGGAAAAAAUUUCACCUACAUUCUACAAGUGAAAGAUCAAAUUGGGAGCUUCUUUUACUUCCCUUCUCUUGCCUUCCACAAAGCAGCAGGUGGCUUUGGAGGCAUCAGAAUUCUCAGCAGGCCCGGAAUUCCUGUCCCUUUUGAUGAACCUGCAGGCGACUUCACCUUGCUUAUCGGAGAUUGGUACCUGAAAAAUCAUACGGGUUUGAAAAGGAUUCUUGAUGGAGGCCAUAAAUUGCCAUUCCCUGAUGGGGUACUUAUCAACGGUCGCGGAUCCAAUGGCACUUCAUUCACCGUCGAACCAGGGAAAACGUAUCGGCUUAGGAUUUCCAAUGUUGGGCUGCAAAAUACCCUGAAUUUCCGCAUACAGGGACACAAGAUGAAAUUGGUGGAAGUGGAGGGAACUCACACCAUGCAAACCACUUUCUCCUCCCUUGAUGUUCAUGUUGGACAGUCGUACUCGGUGCUGUUCACAGCUGAUCAGACCCCUCAAGAUUACUUCAUCAUUGCCUCCACUCGUUUCACCAACAAGAUCCUUACUACCACCGCUUUCCUUCGUUAUAGCAACUCCAAUAGCCCUCCAUCCGGUCCCCUCCCCGGCGGGCCCACCAUAGAAAUUGAUUGGUCCAUCAACCAGGCCCGUGCCAUCAGGUCAAAUCUUACGGCAAGUGGGCCUAGGCCCAACCCACAAGGAUCGUAUCAUUAUGGUAUGAUAAACACUACCAAGACCAUCAUUCUCUCAAGCUCUGCUGCACAGGUGAAUCACAAGCAGAGAUAUGCCAUCAACAGCGUGUCAUUUAUUCCAGCUGACACUCCGCUUAAGCUCGCUGAUUACUUCAAAAUUGAAGGAGUUUUCCGCGUAGGAAGCAUUCCAUCUACCCCCACCGGUGGGGCCGUGCAUCUCGACACUUCUGUCAUGGGUACUGACUACAGGUCAUUUGUAGAGAUUGUGUUUCAGAAUGACGAGAACAUUGUCCAGAGUUAUCAUAUUGAUGGAUACCAAUUUUGGGUUGUUGGAAUGGAUGGUGGGAAGUGGACUGAAGAUAGCAGGAAGAAUUACAAUCUUCGUGAUGCAGUUGCACGCUCUACCACUCAGGUGUACCCAUACUCAUGGACUGCUAUUUACGUGGCUCUUGACAAUGUGGGAAUGUGGAAUGUGAGGUCUGAGUUCUGGGCACGACAAUACCUCGGACAGCAGUUUUACUUGAGGGUCUACACCGACUCGACCUCGUUGAGAGACGAGUAUCUCAUUCCAUUGAAUGCCCUUCUUUGCGGCAGAGCAGUCGGUCGUGACAAACGACCCUUUUAAGCUCCAGUGGACAUUCUCUCAUGGCUGGAAAGGUUAAAAAACAGGCAAAAUGCUCCAUCCACCUCCACCGCUCGGCUCAUUGCAUAAAUUAUGUGCAGUCGUGGGAUUUUGCUCGUGUGUUACUACAGCACCGGAGGCCAUUUCUUAGGUUGAUGUCUUGAUGACCUUAUCUCAAGGUCAAAUUCUUUAAGUUUCAACUCAAAUAUUGUAUUUUGUUUGUUUUUCGUUCCACUAUAGUUACUACUGGUUAAUAACUAUUGUUCGAUUUUAUUAUGUAAAAUUUGUUCCCUUUAGGACUCAAACAUAUGUGUUUUUCCUAAAUAGAUUUUCAUUUGUGUU